GGGCGGGGCUUGUGACGUCAAGGAAACGUUUGGGACUACCGUAGUUGACACGAGCUGGCAAGCCCAUGUCAUUUCAAAGCUAAAAUGUCGCUUAUGUGACUCGACAAUUUCAAAAUUAUCGUGCUAAAUUGAUUCAUUUAUAGAUCUAUUGGGUCUUUCCGAAGAACAGCCAAGCUCCCGUUUUCUUUUUUCAGCAGGGCGAGCGGAAUACGACAGCGGAAGAACUUGGUCACAGUGCAGCGUUUUUUAGGGGGGGUUAGUUAGCUCCCACAGUUAGCCAACGUCAACCAGGCUUUACUGUCAUGCUGAUAUUUGCAAAAGAUUCCCACUAGGGCUCAACUAAAAGCUAUUCGACAGCGACGGAACAGAACGCUACGAUUGGAAGUGUGAUCUUGCAUCUUGAACCGGCUGCAGCCUCUCACACAUACACACACAAACGUCAAAUAAGGAAUAUGUCUUGCAGCAUACUUGUGGAGCUAUAGCCCGAGUCAGAAGCUUUUUACUUUUCAAUUCAGCUCACAGGGAGUGUCCACCUUUCUUUGCCACAUCUAGCAAGACUGCAGCAAUGCUGACAGAUAACAGGAAACGCCAUCGGAGCAGUGACAGUGAGGACAAUCAACAGCUGAGCCCUCAGGCCAAGAGGUCAGGAAGGGGUCCGAGCCUGCUCGUAUCCGAUUUGGACUCCGAGUCUUCAAGCAGUGACAGCAGCAGCGGCAUCUGCAGUACGGAGAGACCGAUGGUGGUCACGAGCAGGCCGUGCAUCCACAGCCAGAGCGACCGCAUCCCCCAGUGUUCGCCCAGCGGCAAGCCCAAGGACUCGGCGGUGUCGGCGCAGCACGGUUUCCAUGGCGACGGCAGUACUUUCUCCUACGACUCCAUCAACAAGGUCCUGAGGGAGGCGCACUUCAGCAGUCUACAGACGAGAGGGAGCCCGGGUUCGACAUGACCGACGACAUCGCAGACGCCGUUUGACGUCUCGAGUCCAGCGUAGCCCACCGGGUCUAUGAAGAGUGGGGACGUUUACAUAUUAUGGGCUGUAUGGCUCAUCCCCGCCCUUGCCAUAUACCAUUUGUGAAGACCAUAAGCACAUUUGCCUUUUCACGGCCCAGCCACUGUGGUUUAUUGUGCAGUAUUGAUGUGUGUGUGUAUGCGCGCGUGUGUGAGGACACGACUUGUGCACUUUAAAAAGAGGUAUCAUUCUCUUGACAUGCGUGCAUUUGAUGUGUGGACAUGUUCAUUGGUGCUAAUCACGAGAGAAGUGGGUUCCAAAGUGCUUGCAAAGGUAAAUAAAGCGAUGCACUUUACUCAAAAAA